AUUUAAGUUGUUACUUAAUAUGGCAACAAAUCAUUUUGACAUUAGCAAAGUUAUAGUUUUUAAGAAUCUAUGUUUUUAAGUGCCAUGUCCGCCAUCUUAAUCGCUCUGACUGAGUACCUUUGUUUCAUGGUAGUUGGGCUGUCAAACGGUUGUUUACCUAUGUUUUAAAUUAUUGCGGUUUUUCAGUAAAUUACAAAUAGAUAUCAAAUAUAUAUAUAUAUAUAUAGUGAAACAAAAAAACAAUAUGCCUGUGUGUUGUAUUGUGCAGUGUGGUGCAAAAAAGAACGAAGAUAAACCUCAAUUGUCUUUGCAUAGGUUUCCUAAAAAAGAGCAAUUAAGAAAAAAGUGGCUAGAGGCUAUCGGUGAACACAAUAUUAAUACCAGACAUAAAGAUUGGUAUGUCUGUUCGCUUCACUUCAAAGAAAGCUGUUUCAAUAGAACACUUGAUGUCAUGAGAUUACAUGAUAACUCUGUUCCCACAGAAUUCUUGAUGCCCAAAAAACGACGCCGGGCAUUAUCAGUUUUAAGUGAAAGUAGCAAUAUCACAAAUGAUUAUGAUGAUUCUUCUUCAUCGACUGAGCAGCAUACAGGGAAAUGCAAGAUGGCAGAUAUAUCGAAGAAUAAACCUUCUGAAAAUUUUGAAUGGAUCAAACAGAGACUCCAGACAGUAUGGACCGCUCCAAAAUUUUGUGGUCUCUGUCUGGAGAACAGAGGCAACUUCUCUUCCGUGGACAUGGAAUUUAUGAUUAGCCAGCAAACAUAUUCAAAAUGUCUCCAAGAUAUCUUGAACUAUGUGUUCAAUGAAGAUAUUGAACAGAUCAUGUCAAGCCAUUACAUAUGCGAUGGCUGCACAGAGAAGACAAUACAGGCAUAUCUCUUCAUACACAACACAAGACAGUUAACAAAAAUACUUAACAACUGUGUCUCGGAUAUUUAUUCCAAAGUUGUUGAUGUCAACUCACAGCUCAAUGACACAGUCACUGCUGAUGCUGCUAACGUUAUGAUUGUACUAGAAAAUGACAAAGAACUGUGCAAAACAAUUAUCGAUAUUCAUUCUAUGACGGAAGUCAUCCCCACAGCAACCCAUAUUCCUAUGAAAGUUGAACAACCAGAGGUGAUUGAACCUAAGAUUGUUCAAAUCACUAACUCACAAGUUCUGAUCAAGCAGAGUAUGGAAGAAAUAAAAAUUGAGCCAAAGCCCAAAGUUAGAAAAAUUGCGAAACCUGACAAUACCCCAAACAUUACUUUGAAAGAAGGUCACAUUGUUUUAAAACCUUUGAGUUCAGUGCGCAAUGAAGCGCCACGGUAUAACACAUAUCAAUGCAUCCACUGCCCAGAUAUAUUCACUUCAUAUAGGUCGCUGAAGGAACAUGAAAAGGCCAAGCACAAAAAGGCUGUUUUCCGUUGCAACUUAUGUAAUAAGUCAUACAAUACACAACAGUACUUGAACAUUCAUUACAAGACCCAUGAGAGAGCUCGGUGCAAACUCUGCCAGCUUAUAGUGCCAGAAGAGGAACUAAUGGAUCAUUUGAAAGCAAAUCAUUCGAACUUGGUGUAUCCAUGCAAGUUUUGUGAUCUAGUAUACUACACCCAGGAGACUUUGGACACCCAUUUCAAAAUCACCCAUCUAGUGAACGACACAAAGGCAAAAUCUCAAUGUGUGAUGUGCUUACGUAACUUUGUUGAAGCAGAGUUAAAGAAACACAAGUGUAAAUUUUCAUGCUCAGAAUGUUUUGUGAUGCCAUGUAUACAUUUCAAAUAUUUGAAUUCGUAUAGGGAGCAAAUCCUAAGUCAUGUGAACAAAAUCAAAUGCAUAGAUUGUGAUUAUCUAACACGAAGGAAGGAGCAUCUGAUAGGACACGCGAACAGGGAGCAUUUAGACCAUCAUCCAUUUACAUGCGCUGAUUGUGGCCAGCAGUUCUACACUAAGUUAAGUUUGAAGACUCACAUAGUGCAGUUCCAUGAAGAUCUUUUCUGCCCGUACUGUGACUUUGAGUUCAAAGAUAUGAGGACAUUAGAGAGCCAUAAAAAAGCAUGUAAACUUGUCAUACGUGCAUUCACAUGUUCGCAGUGUGAAGCAUCGUUUGAUGUCGCUGAAGAACUGACUAAACACGAGAAUCUGAAGCAUAGUGAAGUUGUCUUCGCGUGCCCGUUGUGCAAGAGUAGAUUCUUAACUGAUUUAGAAUUGCGAGAACAUCGAGCGAGAAUUCACGGCGGCAUUCAGUGCAAGAAAAGAAGGAAACAUAUUGAAUGCUCUCUGUGCAACAUUAUGUUCAAGAGCCUAAAAGAAAUGUUGGAACACGAAAAGUCGCAUGACGAAAAUGACACGUAUCCUUGCAAAAUGUGCUCGAAGAACUACAAAAGCUUAAUGAAGCUUUACAUUCACAAUCAGAGACAUUAUACAGACAGAAUAAAAUGUCAGGGGUGUAAUAAACGGGUGGCCACGUCAUUCUACGCUCAACAUUUAGUCAGGUGUCCGUACGCAAGGAUGACUACAUUGGACCAUGUCUGUGAAGUUUGUGGCAAGUCUUUCCAUCUGGAAUCAUUGUUGAAGUUACACCAAAAAGUCCACAUGGACCGAGAACCAUGUCCACACUGCAACAAGGCUAUAAAGCCCGCUAGUCUGAAGAAACAUAUCGAACAAUUUCAUGGAGAAAAUGCAAAAGAGAAACCUGCAGGUCGAGGACUCCUGGAAUGUAGCCUGUGUGGCCAUAUUGUAAAAAAGAAAUGUGAUUUAGAAGCUCAUAUGAACAGAUAUCAUUUGAAAAUCAAACCGUAUAUCUGUCCAAUAUGCUCCAAAGACUUCUGCGGCAAAGUGAGGCUGAAGGAGCAUAUAGCUACCCAUACAUCUGACAACAACUGUUUCUGUUCAAUUUGUGGGAAGAAAUUUGCGAACCGUGUGUGUUUGAAGAUGCACUUUAGAAUGCAUACUGGUGAAGCGCCUUAUUCCUGUGACAUUUGUGGUCAGAAAUUCAGGUCUUCAAGUAUGAUGAAGACUCACAGGUUAAAGAAACAUUUAGAGAAAACUGUAAGCUGUCCGUUAUGCGACAACAUGUUCUUCAUGGCCCGAGAUAUGCGACAUCACUUCAAGAAAGCACACUGGAAGUACAAAGAUGGCCGGCCAUUUAAUCCCAGAGAUGUUGAGGAGUUGCCAAAAGAAAUGUAUUAUCUAUUUGAAGAUGGUAGACUGCCGAAAAUUACUAAUGACUAGUGAUUCUCGUGUUAAUAGGUAUAUUAUUUUUGUAUGUUAGGUUUAAAUUUUAGAAUAUUGUUAUUAAUAAUUGUUUUAUGGAAUUUUAAUAGAUGGAAAGGCAGAAAAGGGAACCAAAGUAAUGUUGGAAAGACUGAAGAUGGAAUGAAACUUGGUUUAUGACCUGUAUAUACUGGUGAUUUGGGAAAGAUUAAACCUGAAAGUUAUUAUGUGAAACAUUUAUGUAUAGUUUAAUAAAAAAUAUAUUAUAUAUGAUAUUUUUAUGACUACUGAUGCUACAUUAUUUUAGGUUACAAACCGCUUUCAUGUGAAACAAAAUAUUUAAGUAUUAUUUAUAGAUAAUUAAUGUGUGGAUACUUAAGUAACAUGACAUCACAAGUUUGAAACUAUAAUUUUAAUUUGUCCCUCACUACGAUUUUCUACUGUAUCUCGUAGGUGCGUUUUCAAACUUUGGUAAUCCUAGUGUAUGCACAAAAAAUGUAUUGGCAAUGCGCCUUGGGUUGGCGUUACACCGCGGCCUCUGAAAACCGACGUGAAGCAACGUCUCAUCUCCAUACUUGCUAGAAAAAUAUCGCAUCAAAUUGGUACCUACACCUUAUUAAUUUUUGGAGGUUUUGGAAAUAAGUGUUGUUUUCUUGAACCUGUCUUCUAUUCGUAACAGCGCAUAAUAAUUCUACUCUAAACAUUUAUUUCUAAAUAUUAUUUAAUUAUAAAAAGAAAAUAAUUAUGUUGCAAGUAAUAGAGAUGUCUCCUAGGUUAAAAUAACAAGAUUCUAAUUAGUCCGUCAGUUAGCCUAGAUUAUAGAAAAAUACUCGAUACGUAUUUUUUAUUAUUCCAUACGAAUAAUAUUGAUAAAGAUACAGCAUAAUUAUUCAAAUUCAGGAGUAGGGACACGUGACGUCACUCUUUCGUAAAAAUUUUACGAAAUAAUGACGUAGCGCGAACUUUCGCUACUCUGUACUUUGUUAUUUUAAGUUUUAGAAGUAAAAGAAAAAAUACGUAUCUACUAUUUUCUGGCUUUCUAAAAGAUGGACUAAUUAUUAUAUUUUAGUUACAUCCCUAUUAUAUUUUCAAAGCAAAUGUUAUAUGUUUGUGAUUGUGACUGUAAAGAGUUCAGUUUUUACCCAACUACGGCAAAGCAAAAGGAGGGUUAUAUUGUUAAUAGUGUAUAGUCGACAUAAUAAAUAAAUAAUAAAAAAGCCUUAUAUUUCUUACAAAAAAUACAAAAAAUAAACUUACUUCUAAUUUUUAUCGAGCUAUUCCUAAUCUAUAAUUUUAAACAUAACAAUUUUAUAAAAUUUACUAUUUAUGUAAGAACCCCUCGUUCUCGAAGGUGAAGGCCUCCUCUAGAGAUUUCCAUUUAUCCCUGUUCUUCGCCGUCUCCAUCCACUGUUUGCCGGCCGCUUGUAUAAUAUCGUCAGUCCACCUGGCAGCUGGUCUACCCCUCUUUCUGGUGCCCGACGGGCCUUUCCAGGAAGUUAACCUGGCUGACCAUCGGUUAUCUGUCAGUCUAGCUAUGUGACCAGCCCAACGCCACUUAAGUUUUUUGCUGUGAAUCAGAGCGUCCGUGACGUUUGUCUUUUUCCUAAUUAAUUUAUGAGGUAUUUUUUGAACUUUUCUAAUAUUCAUCAUACUCCUUUCCAUUCCUCUUUGGCACGUCCUGAUUUUCGCUUUUGCUUUUUGUGUAAACUUCCAAGUCUGGCUAGCGUAUGUUAAUGAUGGUAAUAUGCAGGUAUCCAUAACUUUUUGUUUUAUUUUCAUUGGCAUGUCACUUUUCAUAAUUUCUUUCAAGCUCCAAAAUUUUUUCCAUGCAUUUGUUACUCUCCUUUCUAUUUCAUGUUCAUUUCUUUGCUUUUGAAAAGAUAAUUGUUUGCCCAAGUAUAUAUAGUUAUCGACAUACUCUAGUGCUUCACCGUUUAAGUAUACAGGAGAUUUUGAGUAGUUUGUCAUAACAUUGGUUUUGCUAAGAUUGAUUUCUAGCCCUACCUGUUUACUUGCGGCGUUUAGAGCAGUUAGCAUCGACUGCAGCUCCAUCCUACUCUCAGACAGCAACACAAUAUCGUCGGCAAAUCUUAGAUGACUUAUAUAUUUAUUGUUUAUAUUUAGACCCACUCUUUCCCAUUGUAGUUGUCCAAUGACUCGCUGUAAUACUGCUAUGAAUAUAGUUGGAGAGAUGGGAUCGCCCUGUCUUACUCCUUUUUUUAUGGGUAUUGAAGGCCCAGUUGUCUCUAGUUUUAUUCUACUGUUACAGUUUUUGUACAAAUAUUGUAAUACCUUCAAAUAACCUGUUUCAACAUUUUGCGAUUGUAGAGCCUCCCAUAUUGACUGGUGAUCCAAAGUAUCAAACGCUUUUCUGUAAUCAACAAAUCCAAUGUAGAGCGGCCGAUGAAACUCUUGAUAUUUAUCUAUUAUCAUUUCAAUAGAGUGGAUAUGAUCUACAGUAGACAAUCCUUUUCUAAAUCCCGCCUGUUCUAUUGGCUGUUUCGUCUCUAUAGUUUCUCUGAUUCGUUUUUCUAGAAUUGAUGAAAAUAGUUUGUACAUUGAAGACAGUAGGCUUAUAGGUCGGUAGUUGUUUAUAUCUUUUGGGUCUCCUUUUUUAUACAAUAAAAUUAUUUCCGACUCAGUCCAUUGUUUUGGCGUAGUCGCUGUUUGUAGAACGAGGUUAAAAAGCAGUGUUAGAGGGCUUACUAGACAGAAAGCACCUAGCUUCAGAGCUUCGUUGGGUAUUUUAUCAGGACCUGGGCUUUUUUC